AACAGACAGUGCCAAACAGUAGACACCACGCACACUUAGCAGCGAGUAACCAAAAACCCCGAAGCUGGCCUACAGUCCGAAGCGAGCCAUGGCGGAGCUCCGCCACUCUAGCUCGAUCGGCGGCAGAGCAACACCGUCUCCUAGGAAACGCGAUGAUGUCACAUCGCCGCUUUCCUCCGACAAUCAUCCCCUCCACGACGACGACGACGGUGGUCGCGAUCGUUACCCUAGAGAUCGGUUCCGUUCACUAUUCUCCAAUCAUUUUCAGUUAUUAGAUGAAAGUGCUAGGUUUUAUUCCAACAACUUCAAGAUCUUGCUUCUACUCAUCAGUGUCCUCGUCUUUGCCGGAAUUUUUUCCGUUUAUUCGGUCAUAAGUCGUCUGAAUGCACCAUACUUAUGCAAGAAAGAUGGCAUUACACUCCAUUGCCCCCGUGUCAAGGAGCCACCUUCUUUAUGGGAGAAUCCAUUAUCAACCACCACUUCUUGGAAACCUUGUGCUGAAAGACGCAUUGGUGCAAUUUCAGAUCUUCCUGAGGCAAAUGAAACAAAUGGAUAUAUAUUUAUUCACGCAGAGGGUGGACUAAAUCAGCAAAGAAUUGCUAUAUGCAAUGCUGUUGCUGUUGCCAAAAUCAUGAAUGCCACUCUUAUUCUGCCUGUGUUAAAGCAAGACCAGAUCUGGAAAGACCAAACGAAAUUUGAGGACAUAUUUGACGUGGAUCAUUUCAUUGAUUACUUAAAAGACGAUGUCCAAAUUGUGCGCGAUAUUCCAUCAUGGUUUACUGAUAAAUCAGAGCUAUUCACAAGCAUAAGACGGACAGUGAAAAACAUCCCAAAGUAUGCACCAGCACAAUUCUACAUUGACAAUGUCUUGCCCAGAAUUAAAGAGAAAAAGAUAAUGGCCCUGAAGCCUUUUGUAGAUCGACUCGGGUAUGACAAUGUCCCUCAAGAAAUCAACAGACUAAGGUGCAGGGUUAACUAUCAUGCUCUCAAGUUUCUUCCAGAGAUUGAUGAUAUGGCUGAGCAACUGGUAGCAAGGAUGAGAAAUCGAACAGGAAGUCCAAAUCCUUUUAUGGCCCUUCAUCUUAGAUUUGAGAAAGGGAUGGUAGGGCUUUCAUUUUGUGACUUUGUGGGGACAAGGGCAGAGAAAGCUUUGAUGGGAUUAUACAGAUUAAAAGAAUGGCCUAGGCGAUUUAAGGAUGGUUCCCAUUUAUGGCCACUUGCACUACAAAAAAGGAAAGAAGGACGCUGCCCGCUUGAGCCCGGGGAAGUAGCGGUCAUGCUGCGGGCAAUGGGCUACCCAAAAGAAACCCAAAUCUACGUUGCUUCCGGGCAGGUCUAUGGUGGACAGAAUCGUAUGGCCCCGCUUAGAAACAUGUUCCCAAAUCUUGUAACGAAAGAGGAACUGACAACAAAAGACGAACUAGAUGGGUUCCGGAAGCAUGUGACAAGUUUAGCUGCUUUAGAUUUCUUGGUGUGCUUGAAAUCGGAUGUUUUUGUAAUGACACAUGGAGGGAAUUUUGCGAAAUUAAUAAUUGGAGCAAGAAGGUACAUGGGUCAUAGACAAAAAUCUAUAAAACCAGAUAAAGGGCUGCUUUCCAAAUCUUUAGGAGAUCCGUACAUGGGAUGGGCUACUUUUGUUGAAGAUGUGGUGAUGACUCACCAGACACGCACUGGGCUUCCGGAAGCAACGUUUCCAAAUUAUGACAUAUGGGAGAACCCUUUGACACCUUGUAUGUGCAAAGCUUAAUCUUAAACUAAAAAACAUAACAUUUCCAUCUGUUUUUCUUUUUGGUGUUAAUUGCGGUUUGGUUUGGUUUGGUUUGGUUGGUUUCUUGUAAUAUUUGGAGCUCAAAACAGUUGUGGAUUAGCUAAGAUGGUGGUGUAAAUUAAGAUAGGGAAAAUAUAGUGUUUUUUUUUCUUGCCAUUUUUUUGAAAGAAC